AUGGGGGACAACGAGCCGGGCGCGGACGGGGGGCCGCAAAGGUUGACAACCAUGAUCGCUGAGCGAUGGCUCCCUCCGGCCGCCUUGCUGUCCCUGCUUGGCCCUAUCGUCCUCCUCCGCGCCGCCGAAGGCCUUUUCUCUACCGGUCUAUUUCUUCUCCAACCCUCUUCCUCCCCAGGCGGGGAACCGAGGCGGAUAGGGGCAUAUGAGGAGAUCAUGCCGAUCCCCCAUCAUAUCGCCCCUUGA